UUUGUGAGGCUUCGAGUCCGGUUUGCGCUUCGCCGCUCCUGUGCUUUGCGCACAUGCUUUUUAACAGCGCCACGUCACUCAACUUUUCCUUGUCUUUUUUCUUCUACUAUGCGUUUUCGGCGUGGAUCUCCACAUGUGAACUUUAUUAGACGAGAGUCGGAUGCGAGCAAAGUUGACACUCAUGACCAAAAGCGGGAUUUUGCGCGCCUUUAAGCCAACAAGUAAGUAGGCUGCGCCGUGGUCAUGGACUAUGGAGGCUUUAAGUCUCUCCGUGAACGCCGUGUCCCACACCGUGGCGGCCGAGCUGAGCCCAACCGACGACCCGUUCAGCGGACCCAUCACGAACAUCGCGCCGUGGAACUUCACCAUCUUGGCGCUGCUCAUGUUUGUGGUCACCUCGCUGUCCCUCAGCGAGAACUUCCUGGUCAUGUUCGUCACCUACAAGUUCAAACAACUCAGACAGCCGCUCAACUACAUCAUAGUCAACUUGGCCAUUGCUGACUUCCUGGUCUCCAUCACCGGAGGACUCAUAAGUUUCCUGACCAACGCCAGAGGUUACUUCUUCUUGGGCCAGUGGGCCUGCGUGGUGGAAGGCUUUGCUGUCACCUUCUUCGGAAUCGUGGCCCUGUGGUCUCUGUCCGUUCUGUCUUUCGAACGAUUCUUCGUGAUCUGCCGACCUCUGGGCAACAUCCGACUUCAAGCCAAACACGCCAUCAUGGGUCUUCUCUUUGUCUGGACCUUUUCCUUCAUUUGGACCUUCCCUCCGGUGCUGGGAUGGAACAGAUACACCGUGAGCAAGAUUGGAACAACCUGUGAGCCGGACUGGUAUUCAUCCAACCUCACCGACCACAGCUACAUCCUCACGUUCUUCGCAACCUGUUUCAUUCUGCCUCUCGGAGUGAUCAUCUUCUGCUAUGGGAAGCUCUUGCAAAAGCUCAGAAAGGUGUCCCACGGUCGUCUGGCCAGCGCCAGGAAGCCCGAGCGCCAAGUGACCCGUAUGGUCGUCGUAAUGAUUAUAGCUUUCAUGGUGGCAUGGACGCCAUACGCAGUCUUUGCCAUACUGGUCACAGCUCAUCCGACCAUUUCAGUGGACGCCAGGUUGGCUUCCAUCCCGGCGUUCUUCUCGAAGACUGCAGCGGUAUAUAACCCCAUCAUCUACGUGUUCAUGAACAAACAGUUCAGGAAGUGCCUCAUCCAGCUCUUCACCGGCAGGCUGGCCGUGCCCGACAGCCAAAUUAACCAGACCACGGCGCGACCCGGAACUACCGCGGAGAGCCACAUAGGCGAAAUGACCACCAUUGCGGCCCGCAUCCCCGUGGACAGCACAGCGUUGCCGAGGUCGGAAGAAUCUCCGACUGACUGCGGCUCCUUCGCUCAGCUUCCCAUCCCGGAGAACAAAGUGUGUCCAAUCUAACAGCAGAUGUACGACAACGUUCCUUUAUUUGGCACCUUUGGACUCGAUUGUUUUCCUUGUUGGGAGAAAAGGAUUGGAUGAUAAUUUUGUUUAGUUUCACUUGGCAAAAUCCGAAAGGAAAAGAAGCUCUAUUGCAGCAGUCUAUUGCGCAAUAUUCGAUUUGAAUCCAGCCCAAAGAUGGAAUUGAGCAUUUCGGAAUACUCAGUUCUUAACCAAUUCGAUUCCUUGUAAAUAUGAGCUUGCCUUAAUUAGUUUGCGUGGCCGAUGACUAUCAUCUCUAGUGUCCUUUUUUUUUUCCAUGCCUGCACACGUCGUGUGCCACAGAAUACAACACGCACUUUAUUCCACUUGAUAGCGUCCACUUUCACGUGGAUAGCUAGCGCCACACGACUUUGGCCAAAUCACAGCUCGUGCGUACUUUUCCAAAAUAUCGGAAUGCAGCCUUUCAUCCGAGUCGUUUGAGUCCCGAGACAAAGCCCGCGGAGGAAAGCAUUGUUUUUUUAUGCUGUUUCACUACUUUUACUUUAUUCAAAAAGUCAAAGCCCUUUUUUUUUUUUUUUUUGAAUUUGGAUACUUUAUUCGUGCGGCUUGGUAAACAGGCGAGGACAAUGCUUUCAUCCACGCUGGAGAUGGUCAAUGCAAGAUGUCCCUACUGGCUCCACUGCUGGCCAAUAUAUUCACUCAUGCAGUGAAAACAACAUCGAGAUGCACACAGGAAAACAGAUUCCUACACUUUAUGGACAAAAGUAUUGAGACACAUAACCCGAAAUUCGAUUUUUUUUACAGUUUUAAAAAGGCCAGUUUCCGGAAUCCCACUGGCUUUCCUUUUCUUUGGCGCACCACCACUUGAGAGACAUAAUGAAGUCCAAAAAUUUAACUACUAAAAUUUUUUUUUUUUAAAAAGUCCAAAAAUUCCUCACGGAAUAUUUGUAAAACAAGGGCUACUUGUACGCAUUUUGUUGCAUUUCGACGGUUAAAAAUCCGAUUCCAGUCUCAGUAUUAUGCGUCUGCAUCAAGACGCUAAUGUCGGCUACACCACGCCUUUACGCUCCACGCUCUGCUAACACCCAUGCAUAGUGGAACGUACGGCUGACAAUAAAUGUCACCUCACCUGGAACGUAAAGACUGCGAUUUGCCGACCUAAUCUGUUUUUUUUUAUUUUUUUUGUAAAAACAGCAAAAAAUUAAAAAUCAGCAGUAAUUUUACAAGAAUAAAGUCAAAAUACUAAAAAAAAGUUGUGAUUUAAAAAAAUAUGAGGAACAUUUUUUUUAGUAGCCUGCCAUUGAAAUAAUGAAGAAAAAUAUUUUUAAAUUAAUUAAAGCUGUAAUAUUAUGAGAAUCUAACAAAACAACAAAUACAGUUGUACAUUUUUGAAAAUUAAGUUUUAAUGUUCCUACUAUGAAGACAAAAUAUUGUGAGAAUACAGUCCUAUUUAUGUAUUGUGUAAAACUAUGCCGGGAACAUCAAAUUAAAAGCACGGAAAGAAUAUCGAGCCACCAUCCACCAGUAUGAGCCUGGAGUUUAUCAGAAGUUACACCAUACAAAUCCUACCUUUAUGCAUUACAUAGUAUCAGUAUUUGGGGGCAAAUAUGAGGUGAAAUUAAACAGGUAUCGUAGUCUGUGCAGGUAGAAGGUGCUUUCAAGGACCGUCAGAAAACUGCAUGCAUUAAACAUGCAAAAACUGAUGGAUUUCAAACUGUAUGUUAUUUUUUUAAAGUAAAAUAAUGGCCUCUAUUUCCAAAAUUGAUAUCUCUUUACGUAAAAUUCAACGUAGUUAUCGAAUUGUUUACCGGAAAGAGAUUUACAUUCCUACUUUUUAUAGAUAAAAAAUUAUUUCUAUCUGCGAUUGCGAUUAAUUACAAGUUAAUGAUGGACAAAAUGUGAUUAAUCAUGACUAAAUAUUUAAAUCGAUUGACAGCCCUGAUUCAAAGAUAUGGUGACGACAUGUACUGUAGUACUGCUCACAGGUUGUUACUGUAAUGUUCAGUGAGACGCACAAGCACCAGACUCGAUCACCGGAAAAACAGGCUUUUAUUGCAGGUUUGAAUGAUCUCAAUUCCUGCCGGUGUACCAAUAUUUUUGUCCAUAAAAUGUACACAUGCACACAGAUUAAUAGCAAUCUAGUUUAAAAAAAAAAAAAUAAUAUUUCCAACAAUACGAGCACAAAGGAAGCCCAAGUGACAAAAAGGUCCAAAUGCAAUGGAAUAAUCAGCAUCACAAGCACAUGUAAACAGCAAUAAUAAUAAAGUCAUAAAAUAUCCUCACACAGGUCAAAGGUCAGCAGAGGGAACAAUGUAGCAAAGUGUUUUUUUUUGUUUUUUACUUGCCUUUGUGUUGCAUGUUUGUUGACGACGUCCGAACCCACGGUGGUUUUUGAUUGACUGUCUUAUACAAGUUAGCGUACGUGUUUGUAGUCAACUGACUUUUAUGUUUCCGACAUUUGUAAUCAGUCAGGUAGGAGAAAACCUUCAGUGUCAGUGUCUUCAGUGCAUCUGUGUGAAAUGUGUUGCCUUGUCAUGGUUAACAGUAAAACAGUAAAACAGUAAAACACACCUUGGUGAAUGUAAAUCGUAAUUCAACACAAUUUAGGGGACCUGUUAGGAUUAUAACAAAUAUACUCGACCGUCAGUGAUCAGAGUUGUUGUCCCUUUUGGUUUUUAAUUUCAUUUGCAGUACACGCUGUUCAUUUAGCAUAGGGGUGUCCAAAGUGAGGCCCGGGACCCAUUUGCGACUAAUCUGUUUUUUUUUUUUGUUUUUUUUUUAAACAGAUUUUUUUUGUAAAAACAGCAAAAAUUGAAAAAUCAGCAGUAAUUUUACAAGAAUAAAGUCAAAAUACUAAGAAAAAGUUUUGAUUUAAAAAUAUGAGGAAAAAUUAUUUUAGUAGCCUGCCAUGGAAAUAAUAUUUUUUUAUAUUUUUUAUUAAAGCUGUAAUAUUAUGAGAAUCUAACAAAACAGCAAAUACAGUUUUUUAAUUAAGUUUUGAUGUUCCUACAAUGAAGACAAAAUAUUGUGAGAAUAUAGUCAUAACUAUGAGAAGAAAAUUAAAAAAAGUAGAAAUGCGGAAAAAAAGCUGUAACUUUACCAGAAUAAAGUCAAAAUAUUAUUAAUGUUCCUACAAUGAAGACAAACUAUUGUGAGAAUACAAUCAUAACUACUAGAAAAAAAUUAAAAAAAAGCAGAAAUGGGGAAAAAAGCUGUAACUUUACCAGAAUAAAGUCAAAAUAUUAUGAUAAAAAAAUAGUAUUCUAAUGAGAAAAAGGGUUACAGUUUUUUUUUAGAAUAAACAGAAAAAAAUUCGUUUCCGUAGCGCAUUAAUGAAAUAUCAAAGGAACAUUUUUUUUCAAGUCGUAAUAUGUGAAACAAACAAAACAAAAAAAAAUAAUUUUUGAAAAAUUUGGUUGUGUGAAAAUAUAAUAUGGAAAUAAGUCAAAAUAUUAUAGGAAAAAAGUCAUGAAAAGAUGAAAAGAAAAUGUGCAAUCAUAAUAGGAGUGUUGAAAUAUUUGGAAAAUGAAUAAAAACAACCGGAACUAAGCUGAGAGGCACUUUUUUCUUGAAAUAUAUCUAUAUAUUAUAUAUAUAUUAUUAUUAUGUAACUUCUUAGCAUGUUUGUUGUGUUAGUUUCCAGAAUAUCAGCGUGGCCCUUUGCAUCCUUUCAUUUUUCAAUAAUGUGGCCCCAAGUGGAAAAAGUUUGGACACCCCUAAUUUAGUACAUAAUAUACAAACAAUAACAGUAGAACGAUUGUGAUUAACGAGGAAGAAGAUGUUCCCCCACCGAUCCACUCAUUGAACCAUAAUUUGCCUGCCCAAACGUAUGACAUCAUAGUUUACGUAUGUGUGUGCCUGUUUUGUUUUGUUUCUAUGUAAUCAAGAUGUCUGGUACAAGUGUCGUGCAAGUAGAACAGGAUCAUGAUGGAAACGUGUCGUAUCCAGCAAAUUGUGUAGCUGAAGCAUUUUAGCUCAUUAGUGUCACGCUGUGCCAUGUUGGGCCAUUCAUUGUAUUAUUGACUGUAAAUUGAUAAUAACUCAUAAUGGGUCAAAUUUAAUGACAUUUUUUUCCCUUGAAGGAUCGAAUGCCCAACAGGAUAUUCAUUUUUUGGGAAUUAUAAUUAGGAUAAUUUAAGUUUCAACAAACCCAAAACCUACUGAUACGUAUACUACCUCCAGUACACACGUAUGGUCGUAGAUGAUUUGAGAUAUUUAAUCUUGCUUAGAUUUUUUUUUUUUGCAGGGAAACAGUCAUCCAUAUUUUACCUUCUACAUGUAUGGUCUCCAACCCGUACCUGCAAACCCUCUGGAAGCUACCGUAGUUUGUUCUUCGUUUGCCUGAAAAAGUGUGGAGUUGGGGAUGAGAUCCUGCCCCAAAUGGGGUCUUGGGGCCUAUUCCCAGCGCCCUCCUGUUUUAAAUAGUUUUUAGUAUUUUUCCAAUAUUUUAAUUUGUGCUGUUAAAGUUGGUUGAAAGACCAGCAUUUUUUUUAAUUUUUUUUUUAAUUUUUUUUAAUUUUUUUUUUAACUUGCGGUGCCAGUUUGUUGCCAUAUAUGCUUGUCACUUUUGAUUUAUAUGAUUUUUUCCCCCCUUAUUCCCAAAUGCAAAUUGCUGGCAGGUAUGGCUGGAGCUAUUUUAAUUUGUGCUGUUAAAGUUGGUUGAAAGACCAGCAUUUUUUUUUAAAUUUUUUUUAAAAAAUUUUAAUUUUUUUUUUAACUUGCGGUGCCAGUUUGUUGCCAUAUAUGCUUGUCACUUUUGAUUUAUAUGAUUUUUUUCCCCCUUAUUUCCAAAUGCAAAUUGCUGGCAGGUAUGGCUGGAGCUAUUUUAAUUUGUGCUGUUAAAGUUGGUUGAAAGACCAGCAUUUUUUUUUUAAUUUUUUUAAAACAUUUUUAAUUUUUUUUUUAACUUGCGGUGCCAGUUUGUUGCCAUAUAUGCUUGUCACUUUUGAUUUAUAUGAUUUUUUUAUUUUUCCUUAUUUCCAAAUGCAAAUUGCUGGCAGGUAUGGCUGGAGCCUAUGCCAACCGGUGAUCAGUCAGGCUACAAACAAGGAAUUGAGUGCACAACACUCAAACUCAGGGUAUACUGACCCACCAUUCCAAAACCCAGGUUGAAAUACCAAAAACUACGGCCACAAAGUUGCACAUGAACUAUGAAUACUUCCAUGUAACACUUCCUACUCUGCUGUCCUGCACACCGUCCACCCGUUUGUUGUACUGCACUAUUCCAUGUCAUGUCAGGUCUUGUUCUGGCGAGUCCUUUGAGUGUAGUACGUACGUGGCUUGGUUCGGUGCAUGUUGCUUGUAAAAUGUCUCUAUUAAAGUA